AACUGGAUGAAACUCAAGCUUUCCAAAUGGACAUGGAAAAGGUUUGCAGGAAGCUACCUACAGCAUUCCAGACCGCCCAGCUACUCAUUAAACAUGUCUUCCGGCUCCAUGGCAUACCCCAGGAAAUUCUCUCUGAUCGUGGUCCCCAGUUCAUCUCUCAGGUGUCUCUGGGUUACCAACCCCCACUCUUUCCUGCAGACGAGAGGGAGAUAUCAGUCAGGUCCGUUCACCACCACAUCCGCCGCUGUCACCGAACCUGGGACGAAACCAUCUCCGCCCUCAACCGUUCUUCUGCCAAUAACAAAAGGUUUGCUGACUCUAGGCGUCGCCCUGCUCCUAACUAUACCCUUGGGCAAGAGGUAUGGUUAUCCACCAGAGAUAUUUCCCUAAAGUCUAUGUCCAGAAAACUCUCUCCAAGGUUCAUCGGCCCAUUCAAGAUUGCUCAAAUAAUCAAUCCAUCCGCUGUCCGCCUACACCUGCCAUCAUCCCUGCGUAUCCACCUCACCUUCCACAUCUCUCAGAUUAAACCUGUCAUCACCAGUCCACUUUGUCCGCCAUCCGACUCCCCUCCACCCGUCCUGUACAUUGACGGCCAUCCGGCCUACACAGUCCGCCGGAGCGUGGACUCCCGUCGGCGAAGUCGCGGUUGGCAGUACCUCGUCAACUGGAAGGGCUACGGUCCGGAGGACCGCACCUGGGUUCCUGGUUCUUACAUCCUCGAUCCAUCCCUCAUCAAGGACUAUGAGAGGUCCCUCCCAUCCACGUCUUCUGGACCGCCAAGAGGCGGUCGUUGAGAGGGGGGUACUGUUGGGAUCUGGAGAUCUGCCACCUGUCUCCAGCAGAGAGUGCUGUGGGCUUCCUGAGCUGGAGUCCUCACCACACCUGAGGAUCAUCAGCUCAUCAGAAGACCAACCUUCAUAAACAGCAGUCAGACCUUCCUUCGACGCCGCAGUGUUGACCAAGUUUGGAAAUCCCACCAACGUCUGAAGCUCUGGGUGAGCUUAAUCUGAGAACCUGCCUGCCUGCCAAAGUAAGCCAAACCUGAAGAUCUCAAUCUGGAUUCCUUUAUCAGCUCUCAGAGGAAGAGCUUGGAAACAUACUCAAGUCUGAAAACUCUCCAGCUCGAAGCUAGACGCUGCUGCUGCUUAACUCUCUGCCUCUUCAACUGUCUCUGGACCCAACCGGUUCCCCCUCUCAUAGGAUCUGUCAGAACCUCUUCAGGUACAUUAAAAGAUUCAACUCUCUCAUCAUACAAUCAAACUGCAAAGCUAAUCAAACUCUCAUCUCUCCAGAAAGGAGUUGAAACCAGUCCCGGACCAGCACCUGAACCAGUCAUUAUAUUCUCUGUGUGUGUUUCUCAAUAAAUUUGUUCAAACUUUUACUCAGUCUCCAGUAGUGUUCUGCGUAUGGGUCAAGUCCUUAGCCCAUCAUGACAGAACACUGCGGCCAAACACAAGACCCAGCAGAGCACCUCUGAAGGCGACUUGAGGAACAGGAUGCCCAAAUCCAAGGACAAGCUCAAACCCUUCGUGAGUUGAAUGCUUUAUGUUGACCAUGAGAAUCAGACUUUACAAAGAUACGCUAGCUAUGUGAGAACCGCUAACACCGCACCAGCAGUGCUUCCUGUUUCCGAACAACGUCCGUCUCAAGGGUCAGAGACGAUGACGUCAUUUCCUGAACUCCGUCCGAGUCUACCUGAAAGAUUUUCAGAUCCCCAGAGUCCAGUUCCAGACCAAGGAUUAAGAAUCAGUCACCCCCAGCUUCUGCUCAGAUCACUCAAUUUUCCUCCUC